AUGGGUUUACCAGAUUUAGCAUUUUUUCAUUUAUUAACUCAUGCUAUAUUUAAGGCUUUAUUAUUUAUAUGUGCUGGUGUAGUUAUUCAUAUAAUGAAUAAUAUUCAAGAUAUUCGUUAUAUGGGGGGAAUUAGAUAUUAUUUACCUUUUACUUCCCUAUGUUUAAAUAUUUCUAAUAUGGCUUUAUGUGGGAUUCCUUUUUUAGCUGGAUUUUAUUCUAAAGAUAUAAUUUUAGAAAUAGUUUCUUUAAGAUAUUUAAAUAUGUUUAUCUUUUUUUUAUAUUAUGUUUCUACUGGUUUAACUAUAUAUUAUAGAUUUCGUUUAAUAAUAUAUUUAAUAGUUAAUGAUUUUAAUUUACUAAGAGUUUAUAAUUUAUAUGAUGAGGAUUUUAUUAUAUUAAAGAGUAUGUUUACCUUAUUAUUUAUAAGAGUUGUUAGAGGAAGAUUUUUAAGAUGAAUAAUUUUUUCUUACCCAUAUACAAUUUAUUUAUCAUUUAAUAUAAAAAUGAUAGUUAUUUAUGUAAGUUUAUUGGGUAUAUUAAUAGGUUAUUUAGUUAGUAAUAUAAAAAUUUAUUCAUUAAAUAAAUUUUUAUGUACUUAUACUUUAAGAAAUUUUUUAAGAUUAAUGUGAUUUAUACCUAAUUUAUCAACUUACGGUUUAAGAUAUAAUUUUUUAAAUUUUGGUCAAAACUUAUUAAAAAUUGUUGAUAUGGGGUGAAGAGAGAUGUAUAGAGGUCAGGGGAUAUUUUUUAUUUUAAAAAAGUAUUCUAUUUUUUAUUAUUUUUAUCAAAUAAAUAAUUUUAAAAUUUAUUUAUUUAGAUUUGUUUUAUGAAUAAUUAUUAUAUUAUUUAUUUUAUUUAUUUA